AUGGCAAGUGUGAUCCAUGCGGUCAUUUGGGCUGCGAACGAGUUGCCGACUCGAAUGGCCUUUGCUUUGAGCACGGGGGGACGCGACAAUGUGCGGCUGAUGGAUGUACUAAGCGAGCUCAUACUCACGGCUUGUGUGUUGGCCAUGGUGGAGGAACGCAGUGCUCGCAUCGUGGGUGUGAAGGAUGUGACAACAGAGCUGUAUCUAUUGGCAUGUGUUACACCCACGGUGGAGGCGCUCAAUGCAUGCAUCGAGGGUGUGAUAAAAGAUCGUAUCUGA